AUGCGGCGCCGGCGGGCGGCGGUAGCCGCGGGUUUCUGCGCCUCCUUCCUGCUGGGCUCCGUCCUCAACGUGCUCUUCGCACCGGGGUCGGAGCCUCCGCGGCCAGGCCAGUCCCCCGGGCCCUCGCCAGCCCCGGGCCCGGGCCGUCGCGGGGGCCGCGGGGAACUGGCCCGGCAGAUCCGAGCGCGCUACGAGGAGGUGCAGCGCUAUUCCCGCGGGGGCCCCGGGCCCGGGGCCGGCCGGCCGGAGCGGCGGCGCCUGAUGGACCUGGCUCCGGGCGGGCCGGGCCUGCAGCGUCCCCGGCCCCCGCGGGCCCGGCCCCUGCCCGACGGCGCCCCGAGCUGGCCCCCGGCUCCCGGCCCGGGCUCCCCCGGCUCGGGCCCGCGCCUGGGCUGCGCCGCGCUCCGCAACGUGUCCGGCGCACAGUACGUGGGCUCAGGCUACACCAAGGCCGUGUACCGGGUCCGCCUGCCGGGCGGCGCCGCGGUGGCGCUCAAGGCGGUGGACUUCAGCGGCCACGAUCUGGGCAGCUGCGUGCGCGAGUUCGGGGCUCGGAGGGGCUGCUACCGGCUGGCGGCCCACAAGCUGCUCAAGGAGAUGGUGCUGCUGGAGCGGCUGCGGCACCCCAACGUGCUGCAGCUCUAUGGCUACUGCUACCAGGACAGCGAGGACAUCCCGGACACCCUGACCACCAUCACAGAGCUGGGUGCCCCUGUGGAGAUGAUCCAGCUCCUGCAGACUUCCUGGGAGGACCGCUUCCGAAUCUGCCUGAGCCUGGGCCGGCUCCUUCACCACCUGGCCCACUCCCCACUGGGCUCGGUCACUCUGCUGGACUUCCGCCCCCGACAGUUCGUGCUGGUGGAUGGAGAGCUGAAGGUGACAGAUCUGGACGACGCACGCGUGGAGGAGACGCCGUGUGCAAGCAGUGCUGACUGCAUCCUGGAGUUUCCGGCCAGGAACUUCAGCCUGCCCUGCUCGGCCCAGGGCUGGUGUGAGGGCAUGAAUGAGAAGCGCAACCUCUACAAUGCCUACAGGUUUUUCUUCACAUACCUCCUGCCCCACAGUGCCCCACCCGCACUGCGGCCUCUGCUGGACAGCAUUGUCAACGCCACGGGAGAGCUCAGCUGGGGAGUAGACGAGACUCUGGCCCGGCUGGAGAGAGUGCUGCACCUGUUCCGGAGCGGGCAGUAUCUGCAGAACAGCUCAGCAGGCAGCAGAGCAGAGUACCAGCGCCUCCCAGACAGCGCCAUCGCCCAGGAAGACUACCGCUGCUGGCCCUCCUACCACCACGGGAGUUGCCUCCUCUCGGUGUUCAACCUGGCUGAGGCCGUGGACGUCUGCGAGAGCCAUGCCCAGUGCCAGGCCUUUGUGGUCACCAACCAGACCACCUGGACAGGUCGGCAGCUGGUAUUUUUCAAGACAGGAUGGAGCCACGUGGUCCCUGAUCCCAACAAGACGACAUAUGUGAGGGCCUUGGGCUGACCUCUCAGGGGGCUCAGCUGACAGCGGACCAGCCCCGCCAGCUGGGCUCGCCGGUGGAGGGAGGGAGGGACGGACUUGCACUAGCAACACUGCAUGUCACCUGGAAACCCCUGCAGACAAGGCUGACAUCCCAGACGGUGAGGUGACCAGGACAACGUGCAAUAAUGCCAAAUGUUAAAAUGUGAGUUUACCGGUCUAGGUAUGGGACUGCUGGCCCCGGGGCCAGGAAUCACGGGAGCGGGGCAGGGGGGCGGACUGCCUUCCCAAGCCUCUGGGCAGCCAGCAAGGCUCAGGCUGGUAUCCCCUGGGGGGGCUCUGGCCCUCGCUGGGACAGUUCUGUGGGCAGCCCCAUCACUG